CUGACGCGGGCCCAAUGGACCGGCCUCCGCUGCCAUGGCCCAGCCUCUGUGCGCGCCGCUCGCCCAGUCCUGGAUCCCGGGUCCCGCUCGUCGUCCCCCGAUGGUGCCUUCCGACCGGGACAGCGUCUGCUCCCCGGGCUGGCACUCGGACUCGUGGGACGGUGCCCAGACUGGUAGCCCCACGCCACCCUGCGCCCGCCCGGCCCGGCGCGCUGGGACCCCCGGCAGGCGCGGGACGCACAGCAGCCGCCUGGGUAGCGGACAGCGGCAGAGCGCCAGCGAGCGGGAGAAGCUGCGCAUGCGCACGCUGGCCCGCGCGCUGCACGAGCUGCGCCGCUUUCUGCCGCCGUCCGUGGCGCCCGCCGGCCAGAGCCUGACCAAGAUCGAGACGCUGCGCCUGGCCAUCCGCUACAUCGGCCACCUGUCGGCCGUGCUGGGCCUCAGCGAGGACAGCCUCCGGCGACAGCGGCACGCAGGCGCCGCGUCACCUCGUGGUUGCCCGCUGUGCCCCGACGGCGGCCCCGCGCAGGCGCAGUCGCUCGGUCUGCAUCUGAGUCCCGCUGCCUGCAGCAGGGUGUCGUGGGGGUCCCCGCCCGCCUGCCCUGGACCCCGAGUCGUCGCAGAGUCCUGGGACCCAUCGUUCCUGUACGCCGAGACAGAGACAGCGUCCUUGGAAAGGCAGGAGAUGGAGCCCAGUCACUCGUCUCCGCUCUUCAGCAGCGACGUGCUGGCUCUGCUGGAAACCUGGACGCCGCAGGAGUGGCCGCCAGCCUGAAGCGUCAAAGGGACUAUGGAUGAUCGGCACCCUGUCUGAGCACAGAGACUUUUCCUUUUGCCUCCGCCCCUUCGAAGCGAGUAUUUCCUGGAAGAGGCACCAGCGAUACCAACGUGGGCAUUCCCGGGGUGGGAGCCUCAUCUAGUACCUUCCCAACCCUCCUUAGGAAGGAGGGACCCAUAGGGUAAACGCUCUGAAACUGAAGCAGGCACACGACGCUGCUUGGUGUGUAUUUAUUUAUUUGUGAAUAAACCGUUUGUGCUGGU